AUGGCGGGUGCGGUGGCGUUCUCUCUGGUGAUUCUUCUUCAUUGGUCUCCAAGUUCGUCGACGCCCGUGCUAGCAUCCGGACCUGCAACAAGAAGCAUCAAGCCUGGAGGAGGGAACAAGAAAGUGGAAGCUUGCCCGGCGAGCUGCGGCAAUUUGAGCUUCGACUACCCAUUCGGCAUCGGACCGGAGUGCUCCAGAGGACCCGAUUUCAGGCUGACCUGCGACGACGCCACUCGGCCCCCCAAGCUUUUCUUGGCAGAUGGCAUCACCGAGGUUAUCCACAGCAUCGACGUUUGCUCCGACGGGUAUGAGUUCGAUCAUGACAAUGACAAUUCAAUCGAGAAGACCUCCAUCUGGCGUGUCGUGCCCAUGAAAUCCGGUGUCCGUGUGUACAACCUAUCACUGGAGCCCCCUGGGAGGUCCUUCUCGCGUGCCUACACUCAUCUAAACAUCACUGGCUGCGACCUGGAUGUGUACUGGGUCAACCAGGUACCUGCGAUAACCACUUGGGCUUGCUCCACUCGGUGCCACGGCGAGGAAGAAAUCACGGAGAUGGCGGCUAGGCACAACUGCACAGGCAUCGGAUGUUGCACUAUUGAAGUGAGUCCCAGGGAGGAUUAUGGGCAGAGCGUCCAGAAAGAUUUCCAGCUUAGUAUCGUCGUCCACGGCCACAACCAAAGCGGCAGCAUCGGCACCUCGAGAUUCAAACGGACCUCUCUAUUGCGGGAUAGAAUCACCGUAUCCAGUGACGACGCCUUGCUCGAGUGGAGAAUCGUCGAUGAACCCAACUGUAUUGCCGCCAAGAAAAGCCAUAAGAACUACGCCUGUAUCAGCAACAAUUCCAAUUGCUACGACCCAGGCAUGACAUCAAGCGAAGGCUACCUGUGCCUAUGCGACAGAGGCUAUACAGGCAACCCCUACAUUCGGGAUGGUUGCACCAACGAUAAAGAGUACAAUCCAAAUCAAACAAGAGCUGAUUGUACCCGUCAGUGUGGAAACAUCAGUGUGCAAUUCCCAUUCGGCUUAGAAGAGGGUUGCUUCGCUAGGAAAGAGUUUCGCCUCUCCUGCACAAAUGCAACAUCCUCAGGCGUCCUCAACAAGGAAGAGGACUCACGGUCUCGGGUGAUCGAUUUGGAUGUUAACGAAGGGACAAUUAAAUUCACCAAUCUUGACCACCAAAUGGAUGCACUUUACGCCUCUGAUAUUACUCCUGGAGGAGACGAUCUUUUUAUCAUUCAUGAUGUAUCCGCCUCUCUGCAAUGGGUUGCUGCAAAUCUAAGUUGCACCGAAGCUAAGCAGAAUAUAUCUGGGUAUGCUUGUGUGAGUAUCAACAGCAGCUGUGUGGAAGUGAACGCGUUUAGCGGCUACAUUGGAUACCGCUGCAAAUGCCCAUAUGGCUUCAAAGGAAACCCGUACAUUCAAAAUGGUUGUCAAGGAAGAUCUGGUUUGCAGAUGUUGAUGAGUGCCUUCAGCAAGGCAUUUGUAAGGGAAGAAUGGAAAAAGAAUGUUCAAAACCAACUGCGGAAGAAUUACUUCCUCAAGAAUCAAGGUCUCCUCCUAGAACAGAUAUCACCAGACAAAACAAAUAUUUUCUCCCUAGAAGAGCUAGAAAAGGCAACAAAUAACUUUGAUCCCACACGCAUCAUUGGACAGGGUGGCCACGGGAUGGUUUAUAAGGGCAUUUUAUCUGACCAACAUGUUGUUGCAAUAAAGAAGUCUCUAGUCAUUGAGUACAGUGAGAUCAGGGAAUUCAUCAACGAAGUUGCAAUACUUUCUGAAAUAAAUCACAGAAACAUUGUGAAACUCUUUGGAUGUUGCCUAGAAUAUGAGGUUCCGUUGCUGGUAUAUGACUAUAUUUCCAAUGGGUCAUUGUCUCAAGUUCUCCAUGCUGAAUCACGAAAUGAUGUUUCUUUGGUUUGGGAUGAUUACAUAAGAAUCGCCACAGAAGCUGCAGGUGCUCUAUCAUAUCUCCACUCAGGCGCUUCAAUAUCAGUCUUCCAUCGUGAUGUGAAAUCCGCAAAUAUACUCUUGGAUGAGAACUACAUUGCUAAAGUUUCAGACUUCGGCGCUUCAAGAUUGGUUCCAGUUGAUCAAACACACAUUAAUACCAAUGUACAAGGUACACUUGGUUACUUAGAUCCUGAGUACUUCGUUCUGAGGCAGCUAAAUGAGAAGAGUGAUGUGUAUAGUUUUGGAGUGGUGCUACUGGAGCUGCUUGUUAGAAAGAAACCAGUUUCCAAAAAUAACUCAGGCGGGGUUCAAAGCUUGUCAUACUACUUUCUUGAGGCAUUGAAAGAGAAAGAAAUCACUGAUAUAGUUGACUCACAAGUUGCCGAGGAAGCAACCAAAGAGGAGAUCAGCAGCGUUGCCUCUCUUGCAGAGAUGUGCUUAAGAUUACGUGGUGAAGAAAGGCCUACAAUGAAGCAAGUGGAGACGGAAUUGCAGAUUUUACGAAAGAAACGGGUGAGCUCUUGCCAAAAUGAGCAGCAAAAUAAAAUAAUGUUGCUAGCUCGAAGAGCUGAAGCUACUUGCCAAGCGCUUGCCAUAGAACCAGGUGAGGGAACCAAUUUACCACUGAAACACAACCAACGAUGUUCUAGUUUGGAGAAAGAGUUCAUGGAAUCUGCCACCCUACCACGCUAG